AUGAAAAAAAUUCCAUGUAAAACUCCAUACAUGUCUUCACCCAUACUGAGUUCCUUAACAAAAAUAAGAAUAGUAACUGUAAAUAUAAAACACUUCUGUGAAGAGGAUGCGUUCAAGAGAAGAGGAGAGGCGUUGGAGAAUUUGUACAUGAGAAAACAUAAUGCGAGGCUGUUGAAGGCAUUACGGGCAGAAGUUCAGGAAAUGAGGACAAAAAGACAGAAGACCGAAGCAAACAAAUUAAAAAGACAAUUAAUCGAAAAGUCGGAAUCGAAUGUAGGGGAUAUUGGAAGUGAUAAGAGAAAGCACGGUGACAAGAAAGAUGAUGAGUGA